GUCAAGCAGCAGCCAUCAUCAUCCAGCAGCGCGCACGGUAAACUCUGAAUCGAAACAAUCCAUUUGAAAUCGAAGCUGAACUUUUUCGCUUCGAGCCGAAGAUAUACUGGUGCUCGGAUUCUCAUCGUUUCUGAAGAACGAAGGAUUCCUAGUGGUGGUAAGUGGCGAAAGUCCGUCCGCAGAAAAAUUUGGUCUGGUGGCAUCCGAGCUUCUUCCGCAAACAAGAUGGAUGCAAUGAGCCUCAGCUUGGAUGACAUUAUUAAGAAAAAAUCCAUUGGUAAGCGGCCAAAACCGGGCGGUGGUGCCGGGAAGAAAGUUACCAAAGUGGGCAGGAAUGGAGCCGGUUUCGGUGGUGACCGUUCGCGACCAGGUAGGAAGUUGCUGGGAAGUCCGAACGGUCGUCGUAAGGGAGUAGCAGCAGCAGUAGUAGGAGGAGGUAUCAAGUCCCGGGUGGGUAUUAUCAACCAGCCAAGGGUAGUUGUCGAUGCCCGAAUGAAGAUCAUCCAGAAGAAGCGGGCUCAGAUUCGGGAUGCUCGCGAUAAGCUGGUGGAGAUUGCUAGGAAUAGUGGGGAUGCCCGUUUGAGGCUGCUUAAGCGCAAGGGAAAGGUUCCGCCGGGGAAUGGAAUUCUGAAGAAGCGCAGUGGUAGUACACCUGCUACAAGUGGAAAACCAUACGUAGACGAGAUGGACGUCGAUUACGAUAUGGAAGUGGCUAUUCGUCGUCCGAUUGGACCGCUGAAGCGAACGGUUCGGAACGAGAUGUUCACCGUGCCCAGUACGAUGCCACCGUUGCCAACAUUCAGCCGGAAUGUCCGUAAUUCACCUCCCCCUACAACGUCGUCCUCGUCGUGGAAUACUGAUCCGUUUGAUUGCUACGAAGUGCACACCACCCGACCGGUCAUGUCGAAAGCACCUCCACCACCGGCACCGAUUCCACGUUACGAUGAUAUUCCACCGAGACGGGGAAAUGCUCGUGCUCGAUCGCCACCACCUCAUCCGAUGUACGCCGAAGAUCGACCACACCUUUCGUCGACGAUGCGAGCUCGACUCGAGCGUGCCCCCAAUCCUAACGAAUCCAUGGGAAUCUUCGCCAAGAUGCCACCGGAGGACCACCACCACAGCGGCAGCAGCAGCAGUAGCAGUCGUCAUCAUCAUCACCACCAUCAUCAGCAGCCAUUGUCUCCUUCCCCGUCGCCGCCGAUUACCGGUUAUAGGAUUGUCGUUAGCAACUUGCAUCCCAGUGUGACGCAAAAUGACAUCAAGGAGCUGUUUGAAGAUAUUGGCGAUUUGCUUGAAUCGCGCCUCGUACGUCCAGGAGUGGCCGAAGUCAUCUACCGCACCCUCAAGGAUGCUGAGGAAGCCGUCGAUACUUACCACAACCGGCAGCUGGACGGCCAACCGAUGAAAUGCUUGCUGGUGAAACCACGGGCCUCGAAUAAACCAACCGCGCCGGCCAUCAGCUACUCGAGCUCGUCAAGAUCCCUCAAGUCCACCUCACUCUCGUCGUCUGGGGCCAAGAAAUCGCACGUCGAGAUUGAUAUCGACGCUCUGCAUACGGUUCUGUUCAGAAGAGACCACUAGACAAUUUCCCCCCUUCCCCAUCGUCCCCGCACACAGCACACAGAAAUGAACGAACACUGGCUCCCAUAUCUACACAAACAAUACAAACACACGCCCAAAAAAUAGUCAAAAAUUGGCAUCAGUACCCGCGCUGCCGUAAGUGUUAAAUAUAGCUUCUAUUUGCUUUCCUAGUGGAUUUCCGUUGCAAAUACAAUCUCAUUCAAAAAUGUGUUCGAUAAGCUUUCGUUCGAGUGGCCUAUCUUUUCCGUUCCAAAUCUGAGAGACUGCCGGGUUCAAAUUUUGCUAAAUUGGAAGCAGUAUCUAUUAAUGGACGAGGAAGUCUCCCUCGACAGUACAUUUAAUUAUUAAAGUCAUUGUAAUUUACUGGAUAAGAGUAAUUCUACAAUCUAAGGCGUUUUAAAAGCUAUUAAUUGUAAGGCCACGCAGUAUGGUAAACUAGGAAUACCUAAAUACUUACCAUACAACAAGAAGCAAACAGACAGACAUUGA